AGGAGCAGUCAUUCAACAGGCGCAAACGAGCGGAGAGCGAGUGCAGAAGAGGAACGCUGUGCGCAAAAGAGGAAAGAAUUAAACAAAAAAAACAACAAGAACCCCUCGGUUCCGGGAAGCGGAGCACAUCUCGGAUGCCUGCGCGUCUCCAAAUUCACUGGCUUGUCCAACUCAAAUGAACUCAAAGCGACGAGUUUCACUUUCCACAGGCGGAUGGGUGACUUUCCACUGCGCUUUGUGAGGAGGAGAUGAUGAAGAAUUUCAGCGGCAGUCCCCUUCAGAACAACAACAACCAGACCUGCAACCACGUCAGAGAGAGAAACAGCAGAAACCACGGCUUACUAUCGGUGUUUCCGCUGAGAUUUUCCCUGCGUGGGUAUGGUUUCUGCAUGGCUACGCUGUUCCUCUUCUGCUUCGGCUCCCUUUUUUACCAGCUGAACGGAGGACCUCCUCAACUCCUGCUGGACAUCAGGCAGUAUCUCGGGGUGUGUUGGAAAAAUCACAGGUCUUUGAAAAUGGCUACCGGCAGGCUCUUUGUCCAUAAGGACAGGGUAGAAAGACAUCUGGUGUCGUGCCCGCGCACCCACAAGGCCAGACAAGGUGAAUCCACAUAUCUGAAUGACCAUGGACCCCCGCUUCCAAGAGUGCUUCCAUUCCCCAGCCAGGUGAUCUAUAACCGUGUGGGGAAGUGCGGCAGCCGGACCGUCGUUAUCUUACUGAGGUUACUGGCUGAGAGGCACCAGUUCAACCUAGUCUCCUCUGACAUCCACAAUAAAACACGCCUCACAAAGCAUGAACAGGUGGAUCUCAUGAGGAACAUCAGCAACGUCCCUCAGCCGUUCCUCUACACAAGACACGUUCACUUCCUCAACUUUACCAGGUUCAGGAUAGAGCAACCUGUCUACAUCAACAUUAUACGGGACCCCAUCAACCGCUUCCUCUCCAACUACUUCUUCCGUCGCUUCGGGGACUGGAGGGGCGAGCAGAACCACCUCAUCCGGACUCCAGGGAUGAAAGAUGAUGAGAGAUACCUGGAUAUCAAUGUUUGCAUCCUGGAAAAUUACCCUGAGUGCUCCAAUCCUCGAGUUUUCUACAUCAUCCCCUACUUCUGCGGACAACACCCCCAGUGCAGGGAGCCCGGGGUGUGGGCCCUGGAGAGAGCCAAGCAGAACGUGCUGGAGAACUACCUCAUCGUGGGUAUCUUGGAAGAGCUGGAGGAUGUUCUGCUCAUGCUGGAGAGGCUCUUACCUCAUUACUUUUCUGGAGUGCUCGAGAUUUACAAGAGCCCUGAAUACAAAAAAAUGGGCAAUAUGACAGGAACGGUGCGCAAACAGACACCGACUCUGGAGGCCCUGCAGGUGCUCUACCAUCGCAUGCGCUACGAGUACGAGUUCUACAACUUCAUCCGAGACCAGUUCCAUCUCAUGAAGAAAAAAAUUGGGCUCAAGUCCAUCUCCAAGCCCCCCGCCUACUCCCCCGCUUUCUUGCGCGAACUGUCCCGCCGAACCCCGGAGCCUCUGAGAGAAGACGAGGAGCUGGACUCAGAGCUGGAGGAUGCCAACAGCUGGCUCGUCCAUCCCUAGAGGCUGAUAGAUGAACAGUGGAUGAAGUAAAACAAAAACAAAAAAAGAACUAAAAAUCUGUCUAAAAUUAGCUACAGAGAGUUGGAGGCAGCCUCGGUGCAAAAGGCAGUGUUGCACAUCUCUUGGAUCCUGACACUUGGGGUUUUUUGAGAAUUCUCUUUUCCAUCUGUGGAGUCCUGCUAUGACAGCCUCAGCCCUCAGGACUUGAGUAAUUGGACGGACAAAAAAACACACAAAAAAAACAACUGGCCUUUGACAGCGGGAAAUCAUAUUAAGCUCAGUUUCUUGAGUGGAGUUUUGUUUUUAAUUUGAGCUUGUUUUAGGGUUCAUGUAAAGAAAAAAAUAACUGUAUUCACUGUAAUCUCCAGGAGAGAUUGGAGCGAGAUGUGGACCGAUGUACGUGUGGGGAAACAUGUUUAAUGUUAGCGAGGACUUCCCUGGAAAGAGCGUCACACUUUAUGAAAGGGCUGAUGUCCCUAAAAACUGGAUUGGGACAUGAAUUUAAAAAGUGCCAUGAGUUUUGUAUGUAUAUUAGUUGUGCAGAAUGUCUGUACGUGCCAAACGUGAUAAAGAGAUCCAGCGACUGUGAGAGAAGGAGCCCUGUGUUUAUUGGCGAUGUGAUACAAUUAAGUUGCUCGUAUAAAUCCUGGAACAUAACUUUUUUUUUUUUGGUUUAAUUUGUAAAAUAUUAGGUAUAAAUGAGGGUUAAACUGUAUGCGCUCAAUUAUGAAUUCAAAGAAUUCCAACUGUGUGCGUACAUGAAUGAAUGAGUUUUCCAAAAUCCAGCAGUUUGUUUUAACAUUUUUUAAUUAUUAUUAUUAUUAUUAUUAUUAUUAUUAUUAUUAUUAUUAUUAUUAUUAUUUGGGAAAAAAGUUCACAUUAUUACAUGCAUUAAGAGUAAAAUGCUAAAAGCAUUCAUGGACCUUUUUUUUUUAAUCCAAAGUUUAAAAUAAUUGAGCUUGCUAAAUGCCAAUGUUUCAAAUGUGAUGCAUUAAAAAGCUGCACAAAAGCACUGCAGGUUUUUUUUUUUCUUUCUUUUUCUUUUUUUUGUGAGCCACACUUUCCAAAUUUCUGCAGCAGAAAUGAGGGAUUUGGAUGAAUAUCGACCGUUGAUGUAAGUUUUGGUUGCAGACCAUUUAAGGGAUUUCCCUUCAAACGUUCUCUGUUGAAAGAGUGUGAAGUUUUGCGAACUAACUAACAAUUCUUAUUUACCAAACAGCUACGCAGACUACGUUUUCCUCGUCAGUCAUAGAAAAAGUCACCCAGAGAAUAGUAGGCCUAACCAUAAGCUAACAUGUGAUCUCCACACUUUUACUUCCCCUCCUACUCCAUCGCCUCUAUCUUUGUUCAUGUGUUCUGUGUUACCUUUUAUGGCAGUUUAAUUUAUUAUUUUUGUAUUCAUUUCCUCUGUAGAUAAAACUCUCAGGAAGGAAAACCAUGUCCAAUAACUUGAGCAUUUGUAUCUUGGGUUUCUGGUGUGGUCUUGGAAUUUAAACGGUGAUUAGCGCAGACAUAUCAACAGCUCGGUCCCUGAUAAGAAGAGAAAUGCAUUCCAUCAUUUAUGGUCUUCAAAAUAAAAGUCCUCUACCU